AAGAAAAAAAAAAAAAAUCACUCCUUACCUCACUAGUAGCCUCACGCCACCCUUUCCUCUCUUCUCUUCUCUCUCUCACUCCCCUCUCCCUCACGGUCCAACAGCGGUUGCCAGCACCAUCAGGCCACGCCUACACCGUAGCCACCACCAAAGCAGCAGCCGGCUUCCACCCUCCCACGAGCAGCAGCACAAGCUGCACUUGUCCAGACCUAGCCGCACACCAGCAGCCCCUCUGCGAGCACAGUGCCGCCUCUGUGCGCACCACCCACCGUGCAAACCACCACCACAACAAGCUGUCUUCCACUCCCUUUCUCUAACUCUAAUUGAAGGGCUGUUGUGAUCAUGGAUUUGGAUGACCCAUUUGCCCAACCUAUUGUUACUAAAGGUAAUUCAAUAAUCCAUCACUACUCAUAAACCAUAAGUCUUUUACCAAAAACUAUUUAAGGAUGGAGUACCAAGUACCAACUAACCAAACUGAUUUUGUUCAUCAACUCUAAAUUCCAGAAAUUAUAUGGAUUUGCUAGUUUGCUACACUACACUAUCAUUGCAAACAUGAGAAUAUCACAGCUACAAAUUCAUUCACUAUUGAAAAAUUGCAAUUCAAUCUCUCAUCUCAAACAAAUUCAUGCAAAAAUCCUACGCCUAAAUCUCCAUGAACACUACUCCUUCACUUCUUCGCUCAUUACUCUCUACACUUCCUUGUCUCCUCAUCACAUCCGUCUUCUAUUCUCUUCUCUCUCAGAGUACACUACCGUAUAUCUCUUCAAUUGCUCAAUCAGAUUUUUCUCCAAAACCCCAUCUUUUUACCUUGAAUCUUUGCAUUUGUAUCUGCAAAUGGUUCGUUCUCAUUUUAAACCUGAUAAUUACACUUACCCUUUUGUUCUCAACUCAUGUGCUGCUAUCUGGUAUCUUAAUUAUGGUUGUGGAGUUCAUGGUCGUAUUGUUAAAUCUGGAUUUUGUUCAAUCAUUGAAAUUUUUAAUGCUUUGAUUGAUAUGUAUGGGAAAUGUGGGAAAUUAGGUUAUGCACGUAAGGUGUUCGAUGAAAUGCCUCAAAGAGAUGUUGUGUCUUAUAAUGCUCUUCUUGGAGCAUAUGCUAGAAUUGGGGAGGAUAUGACCGAUGCUCGGAUGGUUUUUGAUAGUAUGCCUAUCAGAAAUUUGAUUUCUUGGAAUGCUAUGAUUGUGGGUUAUGCAAAUUGUGGUGAUAUAGAUUCCGCUCAAUUGAUUUUUGAUAUGAUGAAUGAUAAGAAUGUGGUUUCUUGGACGACAAUGCUAGUUGGGUAUACUAAAAAUAGGUUGAUGGAUAAAGCGAGGAUCAUUUUUGAGGCUAUGCCUGAGAAGACUUUAGUUUGUUGGACUGCUAUGAUUAGUGGGUAUGCCCAAAAUGGAGUACCAAAUGAAGCAUUGAAAUACUUUUAUGGUAUGCAAAGAGCACGUGUUAGGCCUGAUCCUUAUGCUAUGACUGCUGUAAUGUCUGCGAUAGCGCAAUUAGGUUGUCCUGAUUUGGCCAGUUGGAUCACAACUUUAGUUGAUCAGGAAGGUAUUGAGCGGAAUGAGAGGGUACUAACUUCUUUAGUUGAUAUGCAUGCUAAAUGCGGUAACAUUGAAAAAGCAUGUCAGUUUUUUGAGAAGAUUCCUCGUCCGGAUGUGUACCCUUAUAGUGCAUUGAUAACUGGCCUCGCUUCACAUGGACAUGGCCUCAAAGCACUUGAGAUUUUUCGUAAAAUGUUAUUGGAAAAUGUUGAACCUGAUUACGUAACAUUUGUUGGCGUUUUGAAUGCGUGUAGCCAUGCUGGACUUGUUGAAGAAGGUUUAGCAUAUUGGGAAAGCAUGAUAAAUGAAUACAAGAUUCAACCAGAUGCAGGUCAUUAUGCUUGCGUAAUUGAUAUGCUUGGACGUGCUGGGAGAUUGGAGCAAGCAUAUAAAAUGCUUCAGAGUAUGCCAAUGGAUCCUCGUCCGGGAGCUCUAGGUGCCUUGCUUGCCGCCUGUCGAACUUAUAACAAUGUUAGAAUUGCAGAAUCUGUCGCUCAGGAAUUGUUUGUAUUAGAGCCUCAAAAUACUGGGAACUAUGUGCUUCUUUCUGGUAUAUACGCUGCAAGAGAGGAGUGGGAUGAUGCAGCAAGGAUUCGCAAAGCUAUGACCAAAAGAAUCUCAGCCAAAGAACCUGGUUAUAGUUGGAUCUAACUAAUACAGAAGAGAUAGUGUAGGCCCAUGGACAGAGUACUGGAUAAAUGAGCAGAAAAAACUCUGCUGUUGGCUAACGACAUGCAAACAUGGUCCAUUGUUUUCAUGUCCUGACCCCAAGUACGCGGGCAUGGGACUUUGUUUGACUAUGCAGAAGUUUGCUUUUAAGUUGCAAUCAGCAGCAGAGCAGGUCUAUUACUAAGUGUCACUGCGCAACUGACAAUCUAGUUCAUGUUUUGGAGAUGAAUGAUAAAAGGUCUGUAUAUUGAGGUGGGUGUGUAGUAACACAUACGACACUUAUAUGUAUAAAUUGAUUGCAGGGGUUCGGCCAUGUUUGAUGCCAACUUCAAGAGAUAGCAGAUCCUAGGAUGAAAGGUUAAGAAUAUAGAUAUUUUUAAAGAACCGAGUGAGAUCACAGAUGAUCCAGAUAGAAAGAGGUAAAAGGAACAUGAAAUAAUUGAGUCUUUGGGUUUGCAUUGCAUUGGAUGGGGAUAAGGGGUGACGGAGCAGUGAGAUCCAUGUAAAAGAUUCUUAAGGAUGAUAUAUACUUCAGCGUAGCGGAUCCUAUUCGUUCUAGGUUCCUGUAAUCUAUGCACAUUGCUGAUUAGAACUGCUUUCUUUGAUUUAGUAGAUGUAUGUGUCAUUACUUGUGAAACUUACUGACUGUAAAUUCGAUACACGAGCAAUGUCCAGAAAGGGUUGAUAUUGAUAUUUUCUUGUUUUGACCUUGCUGAGCAGCCAUUUUCUGUAGGCUGUAGCUGCUGCAGUUUCGGCUUGUCACUUCUAACCCAUCUUCAUGAAAGCAUUGGUUGAAGAAAAUAUAUUAGCCUUGUUAGUUAUACAGUUUAACUGGCCCUUGUCCUUUUCAUGUAUGUCAGUUUCUGUUGAUGUUUUAAUAUAGUUAAAACUUAAAAGUUCCUACUUUGUAGUGGAUACUUCCCUGAAAUGCUAUUGUUUGUGGUUUGUCUUUACUUUGUAUUCUCUUAUAGCUACUAGCUUUUUAAAAAUUACUUUCUUUUGGGAUUAGGGGCUGGACAAGAUAGUAUUCGAAAUAGUAAUCGAUUUGAUACUUAAUUCUACAACUGAAUUCCCUUGUGCUCAUCUUCUCUAUCUUGUAAUAUAUUAUCCUCCACAGAACUGAUAGCAUACUAUUGGAAGAUCCUUCUUAUCUAUGACAAUGAAGCGUUUGACCAAGAUGGAGAUGGCUUAGAUAAUCCUUCAACUUCGGGGAUUAAUUAAGAAAGUUACUGGCUACUUCAACUAUCAGAAAUUCAUGACAAAAGAACCCAGAGCGAAGUAAUUGUUUUACACGGUAAUUUUUGUGCCAUUUGUCUUGUAGGGUUUACGUCAAUUUGGAUCCGACUUUUCAAUGAUACAAUUACUUUUUCCUGGGCGCACACGACAUCAGAUCAAAUUGAAAUAUAAAAAGGAAGAACGCCAGAAUCCUAUGAGGCUUGAUCAUGCUUUGGCUACUAGAUUAACAGGUAUUUGUCUGUAUUUGACUUGGAUUGGUGUGAAUCACUAUCUUUUCAUGUUGUCAACUUGACGACUUCAAUGCUGACUUGUUGAGUUCAAGUUUCAGUUUGAAAGCAUGCUCCUUAGAAUUUAUGUCUUUGAACUUUAUAUGCAUGCUUUGUGGUGGGUCGGAGAUGUGGUGAACUUUGCAUGGUAGAUUGGUAGUUCAUCAUACAAGUUUCUAUACCAAUUACCUGAUUAAUAGGUAAGAGUCUGGUUUUCUUAAUUGUUUUUGAAAAUUAAAAUUAAAAUUUUCAGCAAUCAAAUUCUUUUUGAACAACUGAUUCAAAAUUUUUAAAAAAGGAUGUAGAGUGGGAGAGAUUGCUAAGUGUCUAUGAGCUGUGGUACGUUUCUCUCUGAUUCAGAAUAUAUAUGUAUAUAUGUUUUCUCCCAUGUUUUUUUUUACGAUGCCAUUCAUCUCUCUUUGUAUACUGAAUAUAUCUUUUGUCCAAGUUAGUGUCGAAGGUUGUAACCUAUUUGCAUUGAUUGUAUAAUUUAGCUUAAGGGUGUAUAUUAGCUGUUUUAGUCUAACAUUCUAACUACAGUGAUAGAAAUAUAUCUUUCAGCCAUUAGAUUAGAUCACUUACAGGAUUAUCAGGCAAGUCUUGCCAUGAAGGCAGGAAAGCUAGCAUAACGGUGCUACACUGCUACCUUCACACUAUUAGGGUGUUUUUCCCUGAUCAAGAUCUAUUGCUCCUAUCUGGCAUUGCGACAUAAGUCAUAUAACCGAAAAAUCAUGCUGUCUAGCUCGAUAGCAGCUUCAGCAAUGUUGGAAACACUUGAUGUUUUAUACUGACUUGGUUCUGUUAUAGGAACUGUUUUAUGCUAUGUAUGGAUAGCAAAUUAGGAGAGAAAAAAGUACUGUGCACGCCUUCGACUCAUUACAAAAACCUCAAAGUCCGCCUCGCAACACAAAAUUCAAAGCCUUGUUGAAUGCUGCUUUCGACAAGCUGAUAAUACCGUUGAUUGCGGCUACUAUACUCUUAAAUACAUGGACGAUAUAUUACAAUCCGUGAAGGAGGUUGGAGUCGAAAACAUUGACGCAGUUUUAUACGACAUUUCAAGGGAAACACGCCCUUUGAGAGAUGGAGAAAUGCGCCACUUGAAAGACAAAAUUGCCGCGUAUCUUGCUAAUUUUUGUUCUUGGUAAAUAAUGUAAUUAGUUUAGAUUUAGGACUUUAAUUUGUGUAUAUACAUAUUAUUAUAUAUACGAUCAAGAGUUUACAAAGAAAUUAUUGGUGAUAAUUGGUGAUUAUCAUUGGAUUAUUGGAUUAAUCAUUGUUUAUAU